UUUCAGAUAUAAGGAAUUCUCCCAAAUUUUACCUUCCAAUAGUCAUAAACCAAAAUAAGAUUAUGAGCCGAUAAGAUGCAUUCACGGUUAUUAGGCGUAAAAUCAAAAACAAACAUAAACUGCCCGGCAACUGAUAAGGUUUGGGAAAAUAGACCUAUAUAAGCCCAAGAACAGUUCGAUGUUGGUCACAAAGAAAGUGAUACGAAAAUGAAUACCUAUCAAUUUAUCUUGUUUCUAAGUAUAGGCUUUUUAAAUUGGAUGGUUGAAUUGGAUGGCCAUGGGAUGAUGUUAAGUCCAACCGGAAGAUCCUCCCGUUGGCGAUACGAUUCCUCGGCGCCAACAAAUUACGAUGACAAUGCAUUAUAUUGCGGGGGAUUCUGGAAACAAACCGAAAAUGAGGGAAAUUGUGGACUUUGCGGAGAUGAUUGGAGCCUGGAGCAGCCGCGACCCAAUGAGUUCGGUGGAAAAUAUGGCAGUGGAGUGAUUGUAAAGAGCUUUGCCGGCGUAGCUGAGGCGGAAGUAAAUGUUAAGAUCACGGUCAAUCAUCUGGGCUACUUUCGGUUCAAUAUAUGCAAUUUGGACGAAAAUGGCAGCGAGUCGGAGGAUUGCUUUAAUCAAUAUCCUUUAAAUUUCACCGAUGGUAGCCAGAAAUACUACAUCAACACAACCACUGGCGAUAUCCCAGUAACUGUAAAGCUUCCCAACGAUCUCAACUGCAUUCACUGCGUAUUGCGCUGGACUUACACGGCAGGAAAUAAUUGGGGUGUUUGUGAGGAUGGGACGGGCGCCAUGGGCUGUGGAGCCCAGGAAACCUUUAUAAACUGCGCAGAUAUAAGUGUGUUAUCCUCAGCGCGAAGUAUAUUCCAGGAGGUGCCUGUGGAGGUGGCGGAAUCGAAGUGAAGUGGUUAUGAUCAGCGGUGGCCUAUCGAACAAUAUGGGUAGUCUUAAUAAAUUAUAUACAUAGCUUAUUUAUUUUUAUGUAACUUUAUGUGUUUAUAUUAUUACUUGCCCAAUUUAUAAUAAUAAUAAUAAAUUCGCUGAUUAGCGCUAAUAUGUACAUCUCCAAAGUACUGUUGAACCGCAUAAGGAUUUUUGAAUUUAAAAAUGGGAAAAUAAUAGAUAGUUAUUUACACCCCACAAUAAAUAUAAAAGACUUUUCAUAAAUUAUGAAUGUUUAUUUCUCUUUUAUUCAAUAAAUUAAUCGUCGUAUAUAUUUAUUUAUACAUAUAGUAUAUGUUUGUGUUUUGAGUGUAUGUGGAUUGUUGGUGAUGACCGUUUGUCUUCGAGGUGCGGGGCCACGCACUCCCUCCUCCUAAGAUGGAUCCUAACAAUAAAAUUCUUUCUUCUAACAGCCCCAGUCUCAGGCGUGUUCUUAACGAUCGGAUGAGAUUUGCACGUUUCAAUGCUUAGAAAUUUUGUAUUUUUUAAGCUAUCCUGUUUGUGUUCGUAUUUGUAUCUUGUAUAUUAAUUAAAUAUUCGUUAUUUGUCUUAAAUGUUUCGUGGCUUACAAAAUAUGUUUCACAUUAACUGGCUUAUUACUUUACUUCACAAAUAAGUUAUAUAUAUAUAUGUAUAUAUAUACCUUCUUUUGUUAAUAUUUUACAAAGCUUUCUAAAGUCAAUUGCAAAUUAUAAGUCCAAAUAUUGACUACAAAACUCAAUCGCCGCGUUUUUAAAAUAUUUUUCGGUUUCCGAAUACCUUUUAACAAUUAACUAAACAAACCGCAAACAACAGUGUGUAACCCCGAUUGCCACUAGAGAUGUCAUCAAUCCAAUGUAUUUAGAUGUAUAUUUUAGCUCUAUGUAUUGAGGAGAGUUCAGAUACGGUUGGAAAUGACUUUCUCGAUUAAAAACUAUAAAAAACACAUCCUCCAUUAUCGUCAAAAUGUGCGAAUCGCUCACAACUGAAUUACAAGUGAUGUAACCCAACCCAUUUUGGGCUUUUUUUCUAAAUCGCCUUCGUUUAAAAGUAUUUUAAAAUACAGUGGUUGCCCUUCGAGAAAAAUAUAUGUAUAUUUAUAUAUUAAUGUGGGAGAGGAGGUCCUUGGCUUCUCUACCAAAUAUUUGGUUAUAAAAGCACCUUAUAAAUUUUACAUUUUUUAUACUCCCAAAGUUUACUCACUUGCCUCAUUUGUAUAAAUAGCUAAAUAGUUCAUCUUUCAUUUUUACUCUGUUCAAAAAUUGUUUUUAACAUUAUACAACACUAUCUGUAUUUUUGUUUUCUUUGUAAUACCUGAAUUUUAGAAUUUUGUAUCCGAAACGCCUUUUUUGUUGUGUGUUUGCUGACUGAGUUUGUUUCAUUUUUGUUCUCUUUCUUGUAAUUGCCAAAGGUUGUUUAGUAGUUCCUGUCAUUAAUUUUCUUAGUCCGAAAUGCUAAUCGCCACAAAGGUUCGUUGCUGUAUUAGUUAAUUAUUUUGUAUACGUUCUCGAACUUGGUACAGGUCAAAAAGUUUUUAUUUUGCCAUCACUUGACCAAAUUGACAAAGAUUUUUACUUAGCUUCAUGAGGGUUCAAUAUUUAAGUAUUGUAGUUUAGCUUUGUCAUUGGCACAAGAUUGCUUGCUGGGGGGAGAAGUUCAGGAGUUUGUGAAAAUAAAAAUUAAACUUCAGUGUGUUUCUUGUACAAUUAAGUUUACACGUUGGCUCAAAUAUGCUUAUAAACUUGGUUUUAUUUUUGUUUUUAUUUUUUAACGUUAACACGCUACAGUUUACGGCCAUUCGCUUUUUAUAAAAUAUAAAAUUUUGUUUGUUCACUAAUUAUUACACAUAACUAAUAGGUAUUUAAAACUUAUCGUCAUAAAGAAAAUAUAAUUAAAUUAUUAUUAAACACAAAUCUAAAAAAA